GUCUGUCCAUUCGUCAGCUUUUUUCUUUUUUUCUUCUUUUUCUGCAAGCAAAAAAGUUUCAAUAAUAAAAUUACACUUGUGAUAAAUUCCCUUUUCCCUUUCUACUUUUAUUUUCAAAACUCCGUUCUUUCCAAUAGCUUAUAUUUCGCAUUUUAUAUCUACGCCAAAUCCAGAAUGGGAGCAACAUGUUCCAGCAUUUUGACAGCACUGCCAUGCUGCCACAUAAAUGAAGAAAAUGCGCACCGCGAAGACGAGCCUCUGCUGGCUGACAAGGAGCGGCAGGCUGUAAACAUGCUUGUCGAGCUCUUUGAGCGGCGGGCAACGGUCAGCUUUUACGAGGGCGAGCCGCUAAAGGCACUGUCGACGUUGGCGUACUCGGACAUCUACCACCUGCAACUCUCAGCAGCCACAGCAUUCAGCGAAAUAUCAGAAAUGGAUACGCGGCCAGUGUCUCGGGAGGCGGUAGAGCCGAUUCUGUACUUGCUGCAGUCCCCACACAUUGACGUCCAGCACGGGGCCUCGGCAGCACUGGGCAAUCUGGCAGUCAAUAUGGAGAACAAGCUGCAGAUUGUGCGCAUGGGCGGGCUGGAGCCGCUCAUCCGCCAGAUGCUGUCGCCCAAUAUUGAUGCGCAAAUAAACUCGGUCGGGUGCAUCACCAACCUGGCCACUGCCGAAGAGAACAAGAUGCGGAUAGCCAAGAGCGGCGCGCUGCUGCCACUGACCAGACUGGCGCGGUCACGGGACGUGCGUGUUCAGCGCAAUGCCGCUGGCGCGCUGCUCAACAUGACACACUCAGCGGAGCACCGCCAGCAGCUGAUUGCCGCCGGCUCCGUGCCGGUGCUCGUGGAGCUGCUAGCGUCCGACGACCCCGAGCUCCAGUAUUAUGCAACUACGGCGCUAAGCAACAUUGCUGUCGACGACAGCGGUCGGGGGCUCCUGUGGGAAACGCAGCCGACGCUGGUGGACGCCCUGAUUCGCUUUAUGGAUGCGCCGACAACCAAGGUGCAGUGCCAGGCCAUUCUGACGCUGCGCAACCUGGCCUCUGACGAACAGUACCAGAUCCAGAUUGUCGAGAAGGGCGGCCUGGACUCGCUGCUGCCCCUGCUGCAGUCGACAUACGACCCGCUGGUCAUAUCGGCGUCCGCCUGCCUGCGCAACUUAUCGAUCCACCCAGACAACGAGGUACACAUCCUGAACUCCGGUAUUCUGUCCUGGCUCGUCAGCCUGAUCACACAGUCGCGCAACGAGGAGGUCCAGUGCCACGUCAUAUCCGCCCUGCGCAACCUGGUUGCCAACAACGACGCGGACAAGACGUCCUUUGCUGAGGCCGGCUUGUUCGAGCAGCUGAAGGUGGUCAUCACCGACCUACAGACUAGCGACGUUGUCCUGAGCGAAAUGAUCACUGCGCUGAGCGUAUUCGUGCUCGACGACUCCCUGUGCCCGUACAUAAUGGACGGCGGCUUUCUCGAGCUCCUGAUUCCGCUGGCCCAUUCGCAGAUAUUCGAGCUGCAGUACAAUGCAUGUGCUGUCAUCAGCAAUCUCGCCUGCAAGGCCAGCGAUGCCAGCGACCGGUUCGUGGAGGUGUGGGACAAGCCCGAUGGCGGCAUGCAAUCCUAUCUGGCAUCGUUCCUGGCUGUCGACGAGGGCAUGGACCCGCACCUGCGGUCUGUGGCCAUCUGGACCGUGAUGAUGCUGCUCGAGAGCGAGUCCCCCGAGCUUAUUCGCCUGGUCACAGGGCAUCCGUCGAUAAUCAAAAACAUCGAGAAGAUUGCCGACAUGGGUGCUGUGCCCGAGGACAAGGCGCGGCACAGCGCGUAUGCCAGCGCCAAUGGCUCCGCCGGGAUGCGUGUUAGUCGGGUGUUUGACAACGGUGAGGCCUUUGGUGACGAUGACGGCGACGAUAUCGAUGAGGCCGAGGACGACAUCUACAACCGCAUGGAAAACCUGGCUCAGGACGUCGUGGCAAUGGUUCACAGCCUGGACUACUAAUAUUGCCCUCUCCCCUUCCCUCCUCAUAUUUUUUACUUUGGCAUUUUUUCUCUGUUGUUUUAUUUUUUUACUUUUUCACUUUAAUUUCGUGUCUGAUCCGAUUUUCUGCCCGGGGACGCGUUCCGGGCCCUAGAGUACCGCCUACUAUUGCGCACAGAGGAGCCGAGCUGGUGCGUGUACGCGUGUAUGUGCGCUCGCUCGCAAAGAACCCUUUGGAAUGUUGCGAGUCGCAUAUGUGCGCUUAUUCGUUGAGGCGAUGGAUAAAAUAAUUUUUUAAAUCGGCUCGACAACGAGUCGGCAUCAAAUCAACAAAAAAAAGCAAUGGAAAAAUUUUCCGCACUUUUAUGUUGUGCUCGAUUUCGCAAUCAAAAAAAGAGCGUUGGAACAGUAUAAAUACAAAGGCCGGCGGUUGUUGCCAUCACUUUCUUCCUUUCUUCUCCUAU